AUGGUCAACUUCGCCUCCGUCCUCGUCUUCGCCACGGCCAUCACGGCCCUUCCUUCCCUGAUCCGCCGUGAUCCCGCCGAGACUCUUGCCAACCUCCAGAGCAUUGACACCUCAACCCGGGCUCUGACCACCACCGUCACCAACUGGGACGGCUCGCUCCUCGGUGCCUUGGGCAUCCAGUCUGAUGCCAACGCCGUCGGCACCCAGAUUGACAACGCCAACACCGCUGCCGCAGACGAGGCCCAGGCCUCGAGCGCGGACUCGCAGAACAUCAUCGGCUACGUCACGGGCACCCUCACCCCAGACAUCCAGGCCUCCCUGACCGCCCUGACCAACCGCAAGGCCGACUUCCAGGCCCUGGGCAUAACCUCCAUCGUCCUGUCCACUCUCCAGAGCCUGCAGUCCAAGUCCGCCACCCUCGGAAACACGCUUGUUAACAUCGCCUCCGCGGAUCAGAAGGCCAACGCGCAGGCUGCAGCUGACGCGAUCAAUGCUGCAUUCUCUGCUGCUGUGGCGGCCUUCUCUUCUUGA